UCAGAGGUCCAAUGGUGUGUGUCCUCUCUGUGGGCCCAUCUGUCCUGGAGAACACAUUCACAACCUGCUACCAGCAAGUGGACGUGUAUUUGUGCUCCGCAGACAUCGCCGUACCCUUCUGAACAGCAUCACAGACUGCAACACAUAAGGUUAGAUCAGUGGGAAUAUACUACCGGUACAUGAAACACAAUGGGGCCAUUUCAAGAGUAUGAGCUUGUUCUCGCGAAACAGGAAAAGAAGUCUCCACAGAAAGGAAGCCCUCGGAGUCGCAUCCCACGUCUGGUCCUCCAUCCCUUCCAGCUGAAGGGUAAUGGGUCGCCUCUUUCAGACUCACCUUUCUCAGAAGAGGAGGGCAAAGAGUGUGACGUCAGCUCAGAUCAUUCUAAGAGGACGAUCAGCACCAACAGUUUUUACUCGGAUGACACCGGCUGCCCUACUAGUCAGUCUGUGUCCCCCUCCAAAACUCCAUCAGGCUCAGAGGAGAGUGCUCAGAGCUCGCCAUCAUUUCCUGAGUGCAAGGCCAAAGUGAAGAGGGUACGAGUUGUAGCAGAGGGCAGCCGCGAACCUCGGAGUGCGCCGAAGCACAAGAAGGAGCGGAGGUCGGCCAUGAAAACCAGAGGAAGUGAGGCAGACUUCAGCUCCUCCAGUAGCGCAGGGAGCCUCAAGACCAGGGAGAGCUUGACCAAAUCAUCUGCAAAGAAGACUCCCUCUCGCAGUCACAUUACCCACAUCAGCUUGGUCCCAGUAUUCAAACCACCAGGGAGCCUGUCCUCCAACCGUGAUGCCGAGCUAUAUGCUCCUUACAGGACUCUUCCCAGAGCUGCAUUCUCAACCAAUAGUAGCAGCUGUAACUCCAGCCCCACAUCCAGGAGAGUGAACUUGAGCCGCUACCAUUCAUGUGGCGAUAACCAUGGAAUCAGACCCCCCAACCCUGAGCAAUACCUCACCCCUCUGCAGCAGAAAGAAGUGGUCAUCAGACACUUGAAAACAAAGCUACUGGAAUCUGAUAACAGGGUGCAUGACAGAGAGGCAGAAAUUGAGGAUCUCAAGGGCCAGCUCAGCAGAAUGAGAGAAGACUGGAUUGAGGAGGAGUGUCACCGGGUAGAGGCUCAACUUUCUCUCAAAGAAGCCCGUAAGGAAAUCAAACAGCUGCGCCAGGUUGUGGAAACCAUGAAGAGCAGCCUGAUGGAAAAAGAUAAGGGAAUACAAAAAUACUUUAUCGACAUCAACAUUCAAAACAGGAAGCUGGAGGCCCUGUUGCAAAGUAUGGAACUUGCUCAGAGCGGUGCCAGCCUUCAAGAAGAAAACACACAGGAAUUCAUCUUUCAGAGCCCUGAAAGGGGUGGGAAGAAGAUGGUUGGGGAUGAAGAGAGUGGAAUGGAACUGGGAGAUCAAGGGGUAGAGGCUAUGGCUGAUAGCGGGCUGCUAAUAAAUGACGAGAUGGCCAACAGAGCAGACAUUUUAGAGCAGGUCUUCAUGUCCACUGCAGUGGAUUUCAGUCAGGAUUCCACCAGCAUGCCGAAACCUGGGAUUGAGACGGGCCCUGAAAUGUCCAUAUUAUCGGAAAUAUCCAUUCCACACACACGAGCUAUACCAGCUGCUAUCACCGGCCACUCCCUUAAGAAGACUGAAGAUAAGGGAAUCCAGAGUGACAUCAUGCCUAUGUCACAAGAUCUUCAGGUUCUUCUUUACCAGCUUCUUCGACUUGGAGGGAAUAGAGGGCAGUCAUUGUCCAUCUCCAGCUCUCUUCUGGGUCUCCCAAACCUGCCCGCCUCCACUGUCACUUCUGCACAUCGCCCUGACUUGAUGUCUCCCUCACCCAACAUGCUGACAAAAGCUCCCCUUGACAGCGCAGUCAUCACUACUGACACUAGCUUGCACGGCUCAGAACUGGUAGGAAACCCGCGGUUCAUGGAUGAGCUGGAUUUUGAUGUGAGCGCAGAAAAACCUCCUUCGUCACCAGGACUGGGUGUGACCGGCAAGUAUUACUGGAGCAACAGUUAUCUGGUGGAUCUGGUUGCCGUCGCAGCUCCUGUCUUACCCACAGUGGCCUGGCUGUACUCGCGACAUGGACUGGAUAAAAGCACUCCAGUCAACAUCGCUGCCCUCAUCAGGGGCUGUUGCAUCAUGGGAUUGCACUCUCUUCGUCACAUUGCUCACAAGCCAGACGUGUAAUGGCUUUCAACAUGCAAGCACAUGGCUCACUUUGAAUUAGAAGCACUUAAGCAUUUUUGAGAGUAUUUAUUUUUUUGCUUUUCAUGAACACCUAAUCAUUGCCGCUAUUUGGCGUCCAGCACUGUAUAUUUACCCUGAGUUGAAACGAAAUGGUAAUAUGAAAGGGCAAUAUUUAUUCAGGGGUGUCUAAUUUAUUUAUAGUUUCUGUAUAAGAUGAUCAUCUAGGUAGAUGGUUUUUCUCAUUGCCAUUUUGUAGCUACUGUAGCUCCCAAGUUGUCCUUGCUAAAAAUCAAAACACUAAUUCAGUUGAGUUUUCGUAAAUGAAAGAUUGAAUAUCGGUUUCAGUUUGACAUGUAUUGAAAUGUUUUGAGUUGUAAAAAAAAAAACAACUUUAAUUCUUCAGUCAAAGCUUUAAUGUAAAAUCACAGUUAUAUUUUUAGUGAAGUGUGUAUCUUCCCUCCUCACUUAGUGGAGUCUAAUUAAGUUGAACCUUUUGUAGUGUUAAAGUUGAUGCUUCACAGUAAAUGAGUUAUGUGCCUGAGCUACGUGCAAUACCUGUGGUUUGCAUCAGAUGACCAUGUAUAUUUAUUAUUAAAGCAUGAUAAUGCAGUACCUGGACUCCUGAUAUUGGUUUUGAAUGGUUUGUGCUGGACCAAAUUAAAGUGGUGCCUUGGGA